UCCUAAAUUAAAAACCUGAGUUCCUAAUCAGAAAUCCUAACCUACCCAUUUUCUUCUCCCUUCAGCCGCUGAACCCCACCCUCCUUCCACCCCCUCUCACACGGACAGCACUCACUCUCAUCAACUCAUAUCACACACACCCACACUCAACAAAGACAAAGGAGAGAAGAGAAGAGGGAGUCAUCGCCGCGCAGCCGCCGUCCUGUCAUAAACGCCGUCGCGGGGGAAGAUUAGAGCGGAGGCACGGAGCAGCGCCGAGAGGGAGAGAGGUCGCCGUUGCGUCCUGAUCACCAUCACCACUGAUCAUCCUUGGAGCCACUGUGUCACGCGUCGCCGACGAAGAAUAGAGAGAGAGAGGAGACGCGAAGAGGAGGAGCCGUCCCACAUCGCGAUUGCGCCACCGUCACUGUUGAACCCUAGCCGUCGUAGAACCUUCAACGUUGCCACUGUCCGUCGCUAGAAAUGGAUUUCGUCGCUGCUGCUGCCACCAAGGAGCCCAAAGAGAAACGCGGCAGGGAAGCUCCGUUGAGGCUAGUCACCAGCGCUGAAGCCUUCAUGGUCGCUGCUGCCAUCUGAGCUGUCACCAGAGGAAGCCGCUGCCGCCGAUGAGUUGCCGCCACUAUUAAGUCUGUCAUGGAAAGAAAUGCGACCGUGGUAAAAGAACCUGGCACUGCAGCUAAGCUCACCGAAAGCCAUAGCACCUGUUCUACCUUGUCUUGCUCUAUCUCGGUUGUCUUCUCUGUUAGCUCAGAAUUGCUGCAAGUUGUUGUUGUUGCCACCGGGGACCGUUUUAUGGCCGCUCGAACUACCAUUGGAGCUGAUGUUAAGUUAAUGCCGCUGCCGGGGUCGCUGCGGUACAAGCCGCUGUUGAUGAAUCUGCUCUGUUUAGUGAUUCCCGUGAGUUGCGACAUUGAGUGACACAGGUUUGAAGACGCAAUUUGAAGUUGCGGGCGAUUAUAGAAUUUAUUUAUGAGUUAAAUGUAUGAGUUAAUUUGCUUUCAUAGAAUUCCCUCGAUUUUGUAGCUUUAGUUUUUUUUUAUUUUACACAGAGGGAUAGGAUUUGUAUCUAAGUUUUAUUGGAAAUCUUUUGUAUGACAGAUAUUAUUAUUAGUAAUUAUGUGAUUAUUAUUACUUGGUGAUGUUUGCUAUAUGAUUUUAAUUAUCAGAAACAAUUUUCUGGUAUUUUUACUAAAAUUGAAUCGCGAUAUCGAACUAGAGGCUCAAUAGUAAAUAGUUAAUAAAGGAAAGCAGGUUGGUAACGCCUUACUUUCGGUACGAUCAUGACGUUCUAGAAGUUGGGUCGUUACACCAUUCUGCAGGUGGAUCUAUUCACCUGAAGAAAACGCCUGAAGAGGCUCAAGAACUCAUUGACAUGGUUGCAAACAACCAAUUCAUGUACACUUCUGAGAGGAAUUCCGUGAAUAAUGGGAUACCUCAGAAGAAAGGAGUUCUUGAAAUUGAUGCUCUGAAUGCCAUAUUGGCUCAGAACAAAGUGUUGACUCAACAGGUCAACAUGAUCUCUCAAAAUCUGAAUGGAUGGCAACAUGCAUCCAACAGUACUAGAGAGGCAGCUUCUAAAGAAUCUUAUGAUCCUGAGAACCCUGCCAUGGCAGAGGUUAAUUACAUGGGUGAACCUUAUGGAAACACCUAUAACUCAUCAUGGAGAAAUCAUCCAAAUUUCUCAUGGAAGGAUCAACAAAAGCCUCAACAAGGCUUUAACAAUGGUGGACGCAAUAGGCUGAACAAUAGCAAGCCAUAUCCAUCAUCUUCUCAGCAACAGACAGAGAAUUCUGAACAAAACACCUCUAAUUUAGCCAAUAUAGUCUCUGAUCUAUCAAAGGGCACUUUCAGUUUCAUGAGUGAAACAAGAUCCUCCAUCAGAAAUCUGGAGGCACAAGUGGGCCAGCUGAGUAAGAAAGUCAUUGAAACUCUUCCCAGUAUUCUCCCAAGCAAUACAGAAGAGAAUCCAAAAGGAGAGUGCAAGGCCAUUGAUAUAAUCAACAUGGCCGAAUGCACAAGGGAGGAGGAGGACGAAAAUCCUAGUGAGAAAGAUCUCCUGGGACGUCCCUCAAGCAAGAAGGAGUUUCCUAUUAAGGAUCCAAAGGAAUCUGAGGCUCAUAUAGAGACCAUAGAGAUUCCAUUAAAUCUCCUUCUGCCAUUCAUGAGCUCUGAAGACUAUUCUUCCUCUGAAGAGGAUGAAGAUGUGACCGGAGAGCAAGUUGCUCAAUAUUUAGGAGCUAUCAUGAAGCUGAAUGCCAAGUUGUUUGGUAAUGAGACUUGGGAAAGUGAACCUCCCUUGCUCAUUAGUGAUCUGGAUACCUUAAUUCAGCAAAUUUUACCUCAAAAGAAAUAAGAUCCAGGCAAGUUCUUAAUACCAUGUACCAUAGGCACCAUGACCUUUGAAAAAGCUCUGUGUGAUCUGGGGUCAGGGAUAAAUCUUAUGCCACUCUCUGUAAUGGAGAAGCUGGGGAUCAUUGAGGUACAACCUGCCUUGUUCUCAUUACAAUUGGCAGACAAGUCAUUGAGACAAGCUUAUGGAUUAGUAGAGGACGUGCUAGUAAAGGUUGAAGGCCUUUACAUCCCUGCUGAUUUCAUAAUCUUAGACACUAGGAAGGAAGAGGAUGAUUGCAUCAUCCUUGGAAGACCUUUCCUAGCCACAGCAGGAGCUAUGAUAGAUGUCAACAGAGGUGAAUUAGUCCUUCAAUUGAAUGGGGACUACCUUGUGUUUAAGGCAUAUGGCCAUCCCUCUGUGACAAAAGAGAGUAAGCAUGAAGAGCUUCUCUCAGUUCAGAGUCAAAAAGAGCCCACACAGUCAAACUCUAAGUUUGGUGUUGUGAGACCACAACCAAACUCUAAGUUUGGUGUUAAGACCCCAUAUCCAAACUCUAAGUUUGGUGUUGGGACUAUACAACAUUGACCUGAUCACCUUGUGGCUCCAUGAGAGCCACUGGUCAAGCUAUUGACAUUCAAGAAGCGCUUGUUGGGAGGCAACCCAAUUUUAUUUAUCUAAUUUUUAUUUUAUUCUAUAUUAUUGUUAUUUUGUGUUUUAUUAGGUAUAUGAUCAUGAGGAGUCACGAAAAAAAAUCAUAAAAAUUAAAAACAGAGUCAAAAACAGCAGAAAAAAAUUUGCACCCUGGAGGAAGCACAGGCUGGCGUUCAACGCCAGUAAGAUACAUCUGGCCGGCGUUCAACGCCAGAACAGAGCAUCAUUCUGGCGCUGAACGCCAGAAACAAGCAACAUUCUGGCACUGAACGCCAGGAAUGUGCCUAGAGAGGAAAAACUGGCGCUGAACGCCAGUAACAAGCAUAAAACUGGCGUUCAACGCCAGAAACAUGCUUUACAUGGGCGUUGAACGCCCAGAAUGUGCACCACUCAGCGUUUAAACGCCAGAAUGGUGUGCAAAGGCAUUUUACAUGCCUAUUUGGUGCAGGGAUGGAAUUCCUUGACACCUCAGGAUCUGUGGACCCCACAGGAUCACCUCAGGAUCUAUGAACCUCACAGGAUCCCCACCUACCUCGCCCUCUCUCUCUCCAUUCAUGGUCAUCCCUUCUGUUUUUCAUUCACCACUCACUUCUAUCCACUCUUCCCCAUAAACCCCACCCAC